AAAUUGAGUAAUUUAAAGUAUUUGUAAAUAUUUGUUAGAAUUUGAAAUUCAAAAUGUCAUUCUUCGUUUUCUUCAAACAAAUAAAAGAAGCGGAUAAUUUGAAGACUCGAAAGGAGAAAAUGUGGAUCAUUGUUCCUGUUAUGACAUUUCCACACAUUCUUAUUUUUAACUACAUUUUUCAUUUCUUCAUAUGCAUCUAUUAUAAUACAAUGAAUUAUUUCUUUUGUGGAAUUAUCUUUCUGGCAGUCACCGUGGUUUUAACAAUAUUUUCCAAAAAGCAACUCAAUUCUUUAAUUACUUGUUUUUUCUCAGUUCUCGCAUUCCCGUCCUUCUUAGCAUUGGGAAUUUGGAUGAUAACUGAAAAUUACAAUUCAGUGAAAGUAUCAAAACGUCCUGCUCCAACUCUUGCCUCGUGUUUUUUCUUAUCCCUGAUGAACUUAUUUUCGAUUUGGUCAUUUUUGGUAUUGGGUGGAGUUAUUAAACCAUCGGAAAAUAAAGAGAAGAGUCAAAAGAGCACUGUUUCAGUAAAACUGAGUGAAUAAAGUUGAAGAUACAAAUUCCA